CAAGUUAAUUAUAAUCUCACGUAACAACCUUGCUUGAAGCUAAUGUAGGCUAACGUAGGCUAACAGUAUAGCGGUUGUAAAUGAUUUUUCAUGUUAGCUCGUAGUAUUAAUAUAUGGCGCUAGUUAGCUUGUUAGCUAACGCUUUCAAUUUCGCUUCUCUUCAGCGCUUCAGCUCGCGCCUCACACUAGCUAGCCGGCUUCCUUUCGCCAUUAUAUAACGAAAUGUCUUUUUUUUAUAUACACAUAUAUUUUUAAGACGUGUAAGCAGACAGUUUUGUAUAAAAAUGCAUCAACAAUCGGAGUUUUUACAGAAGUUCGGUUUUAUGAAGCUGAAUUGAAGUGACAGCAGCUAGCUCCCUUAGCCAAUGCGUACUGCUAACUCAUAGAUAUCUAUGCUGCUAACUGAAGAGAUAGCAGCUAGCUCCGUUAGCUAAUGUGUACUGCUAACUGAAGAGAUAGCAGCUAGCUCCGUUAGCUAAUGUGUACUGCUAACUGAAGAGAUAGCAGCUAGCUCCGUUAGCUAAUUUGUACUGCUAACUGAAGAGAUAACAGCUAGCUCCGUUAGCUAAUGUGUACUGCUAACUGAAGAGAUAGCAGCUAGCUCGGUUAGCUAAUGUGUACUGCUAACUGAAGAGAUAGCAGCUAGCUCGGUUAGCUAAUGUGUACUGCUAACUGAAGAGAUAGCAGUUAGCUAAUGUGUACUGCUAACUGAAGAGAUAGCAGCUAGCUCGGUUAGCUAAUUUGUACUGCUAACUGAAGAGAUAACAGCUAGCUCCGUUAGCUAAUGUGUACUGCUAACUGAAGAGAUAGCAGCUAGCUCCGUUAGCUAAUGUGUACUGCUAACUGAAGAGAUAGCAGCUAGCUCCGUUAGCUAAUUUGUACUGCUAACUGAAGAGAUAGCAGCUAGCUCCGUUAGCUAAUCUGUACUGCUAACUGAAGAGAUAGCAGCUAGCUCGGUUAGCUAAUGAGAUAGCAGCUAGCUCCGUUAGGUAAUGUGUACAGCUAAGUUUUUUUAUACUUCCGUUUGUUUUUAGCUCUCAGACGAACCAGGACUGUCAGACUGGCUUAGGUUUUAUUUUUAUUUUUGUCUCAAUGGUUGAACUGGAUAUCGCAGCCCUGAGUGUACACAAUGGAUGAUGUUAUCUCCGUCAGUUCUGGAAGUGAAGAAGACUCUGAUGUUGAGUUUGUCAGUAGAGAUGAUGACAGCUCCUGUCCGUUUAUUACAGCUGAACUGCUGCCUGUUACACCGGUUCUUAUCGAUAUCACAGAGAACCCGUUUUCACCAAACGGACCGAGACCUUCACACACACUAAAGAAACUGCAGUGUUCCACUAUAGAAAUCAUCGAUCUGAAUAAUUUGUCCGAAUCACGUGUCAGCUUUCCAUCCAAAUCGCGUGGGAAACUUCACCAGGCGGAGUACACCGUGGAUCUCGAGAAAGACGUGAUUUGUUUAAGCUCUGGUGAUGGGAAUGAUGGUCAGUCUCCUGUUCCUGUGUCACACGAUCAACAAAACUCUUAUACAAAUCAAUACAACAGUGUUCGCUCGUGUUUACAAGGUAGCAACGCGCAAAGGACAGUAAAUGUUUCUCCAUCAUCAAGUCUGAAAGACAUUUCACUCUGUUUGGAGGCUUCAAAUGGACUCCUGGAAUUUUUUAAAGUACAGGACACUAACCGCACGCAGCAAACGUCGGCGUCACCACCCCCUGAAAACAACCUCGACCAUGACGCAAGCUUCGACUCUUCACACAGCUGGCUGGACAAAACCCUCUCGCCCUUUAGCCUCGACAGUGCGUACUACUGCCCGAGCGAAAUCGACGCAGCCGUGUUUUCAGACGAAUCCCUUAUCCUCAUCGACAAUGACCAGGACCGGGACCAGAACUACACAUCGUGCAGCUUCGAUAAAUCUGAAUUGCCAUUUGAGGUCGGCAAAAGUAUGGCACCGCAGGAAAAAACCCCCACACACACCUCAUCACCUCAUCCUCAGACUCAAAUGAACUCCCAUCUCGAGCCUCAGACGCUUCCUACCCCAGACAGAGCUUCCCUUCCCACCAGUCCUACAUCUACAGAACUCCUUGCUGGCGAUUCUCCAGAAACAGGAUCUGAUCUGGACAUGGAGAGUCCAGUAAAUUCCCCUUACACUCUAAGUCCACCGUCACAUGCGGUGUUGGGUAUCGAAGAUGCCGCUUCAGUGUUACAGGAGAGCGGUGGCGAUGCCGACGCCGACACGGCGGAUCUCUCGGAACACCGUACGGACGUCGGGCAGCAAAUUUCUCUGGUGCAGUUCAAAAAGCUGAAAUAUAUAUUAGGGGCACGAGAUCAGGAUACGUGCACCGCUGAUGAGGACAACAAAGACUUCGGUAUGGCCGAACCUCUGUGCAGGCAGAGCCUGAGUCUGGUCUACAGCACCAUCGAAGAGAACUACACCGAAGGAACGCUGCAGCUCCUCUCCGACUUAAUCCAACCUUGCUAUUACCCUCCUGCCGAUGUCACGGCUCACCUCCUGAAAGGAAUCCUGCUGGAGCCGUGGUGCACUCCGGUGCUGGCACUGGAAGCCUACAACCUGCUGAUGAGGACACAGAAAUACCAUCCUGCAGACAAAUUAACCAUCCCAUGGGACUGGGAGUUGUUAUCAUCCGUCAUGGCUGAACAGGACGAGGCAAAGAGGCUGCGCGGAGAAGUGCGCUGCCUGCUGCUUCAGUACGUGCUCCAGGUUUUGGAAGACGACUUCCAGUUCAAGCUCCCGAAGCUGCUGCUUCACCUCACGAUCGCUAACGAAAUGCUUUCGUGUGAUCAUAGGUUCAGACAGGUCAGGGAACUCAUGACCUGGCUAUUAGAUGUAGCUAAACAGUCCUUCUGUACUUCUGAGGAUGAAGAAAUGCAAAGAAGCGAGCGGAAUUGCUGUCUCAAGAUGCUGCUAAUUCUGCAGAGGAUGCUGUUAUUGGCCAUGGAGGUGGACCUCAGACCGACCUGCAGCUCCAGUAAGCUCUCUCAGGAGCUGUGUAUCAGCCUCAGCAGCAUGGCACCGUGCAGAAGGCUCAGAUUUUUGUUGCUAAGCACCCUGCAGAGCAACCUGCUGAGGUGUAAGAUGGUGGAGAUGCUGCUAGAUCAGUCCUGCUCUCAGAAGCGAGUGUUGCCCAUGUCCUUCAAACUGCUGCUGCACUUCCUGCACACGUCCACGCUGGCACCAGAUCCGUCGGAUGGCACGGAGAGAUGGAGAAGGUGGGAUGAGCUCCUGCAGCUCGUGUGGAUGCUCAUGCUCAGCUAUCAAGAAGUGAUAACGGGUCAUCUUCGCUUCUCCAUUACAGAGCGGUUCAAGCUGACCCGUACUCCCAUGUGGACCCAGAACGACCGGGUGACUCGAGCCGCGGUCCAAGAAGCUGCCGAGGCGUUUCUGUCCCGCGCCGUCGAGGACCUCGGCCACGAUCUUCCCUCCCAAAUCCAAGAGUCAUUAUCCCAGCUUCAAGAACACUUACUAAGUAUCUCUCUGCAAUAAUAAAACAGAAUACAAUACAGUUGUAAAUACAAUAAAGAUUAUUUUUGUAUAAAAUGUAUCAGCAUAAUUUUUAAAGGUUUUAUAUUAAGUAUUCCUUCGUGGAUUCUCGCUGACUAUUUAAAUCACUCAAUCGACUUAAAUGAGGUUGUUUUGUACAGAGACCAAGUGAGUAAAAUUUUGUUCUAAAAACAUUGUCCAGAAAUUCUUUUUUGUAAAACCCUUUACAUAACAAGCACAAAUAUUACCAACACCUUCCAGAUUCUUUAUUGCAGGUAAAGUAAUUUAACGUGUUAAUAUGUAAUAUUAAAUAUGAAGAGUAAGCCUAUUGUAUUCCUGUCUGAUGCCCAGGAUUCCCGGAAUAGACUCUGGUGGAUCGCCCGAACUGGAUAAAGUGCUUACUAAAGUUGGCUCUUAUGUGAAAAUAAAAAAGCAUCGAUGCCUCUGAGCUCUGGGCUCAGGUUACUGCCUAUACCAUGUUUCUAUGCAUCUUCUCUCCAGAUCCAUGCACUUUUUUCAUCAGGGUUCUUCACAUGCCUUCUGACCUCCACAAAUGUAUGCCA